UGUGACGGAACUGAUGGGAGAUUCAGAGACCAACUGAAGCUGGACAAGAGGACUAUCUCUGACCAUCAAGAGCACGAGAACUGAACACUCUGGACUUUACGAUCUACAGAUGAGCAGCAGCAACAGAGAAACCACAAACAAGAGAUUCAAAGUUGCCAUUAAUUUGAAGAAAGUGUCAGCCAAGGAGGGAGAGUCUGUCAUUCUAAAGACUAAUGCUGUAAUACGGAGAAAAGAUGAGUUGCUGUGGCUGUUUGGAGAUGAAAACACUCUCAUAGCUGAAAUCAAAGGAGGGAUUGGAAAGAUCUCCACAUUUGGCGUUGCUGAUAGCAGAUUCAGAGACACACUGCAGCUGGACGAGAAGACUGGAUCACUGAUCAUCACAAACAUCACAACUGAACACGCUGGAGUUUAUACUCUGAAGCUCAUCAGCAGUAAAUUGGCCAAAAGCGAGAGAUGGAAUGUUACUGUCAGAGUGUUGAAGACAAUAGGAAUGAGAGGAAAGAAUGUGACUCUAAACCCUGACACUGAAGUACAGAGAGAUGAUCUGAUCCUGUGGAUGUUUGGAGAUCAAGACAAUCUCAUCGCUCAACUGACCGGAGAGACCGGAGAGACGACAUAUGCUGAUGCAGACGAGAGAUUCAGAGACAAACUGAAGCUGAACAAGAACACUGGAUCUCUGAGCAUCAGUGACAUCACAUCUGGACCUUAUAAUCUACAGAUCAUCAGCAGCAAGAGGACGGCAUACAGGAAAUUCACAGUUUUCAAGUCUUGUGAGUCCGGUCCCAAGACAGUGUCAGUGAUGGCGGGAGAAUGUUUAGUUUUAAUCACUGAUUUUAAGGUAGAAAGAGAUGAGAAAGUGGAGUGGAGAUUUGAAGAUAAAAUUCUCACAACUGGAAUGAAUGGAGACAUCAGUAAGACUUUUUACGGUGGUGAUGUGAGAUUCAGAGGCAGACUGGAGCUUCACCAUCAAACUGGAUCUCUCACCAUCAAAGACACCAGAACCAGCGACACUGGAGUUUAUCAUCUAAAUCUCUGCAGCAGAGGCGGAAAGAACAUUAGCUGGGAAUUCAGUGUUACUGUCAGUGAUUCUAGAGGAAACCGAUUGAAUAAUUCAGCAAUUGUACUGAUGAAUUGAGAGGUUCCUGAUGGAGUAAAUAUGCAGCAGGCCACGAGUCCAGUUUGAUGAGAAGACACUUUUGUGCU